AUGACAAUUUUAAAUGGCACAGGCAAUGUCACCAAUUUAAGCGAAUUAAAUCAUCAUCUACUCUGGAAAUUAAUACCAAUCAAAUUAUAUAGAUGGUGGUGCUACUGGAUUUACUUAUUUUGGUUUGUCAUGGGCAUUCUUGUAUUACGAAAAACGCGAAAUGCAGUUGCAGCUGUGAGUUAUGUAAAAAUGCAUGGCCACACAGUCUCAGACGAAGCAAUAAUGAAAUCGUCAGCAUUCAGCAAUUUAUUAUGGUCAUUAGAACACAAAUUUGAAAAGCCACCGGCUAUUUUCUUUCUGAACCAAUAUGCGUUAAAUAUGACAUUUAAUUUUUUAUGUAACACGCGUUAUAUGCAAAACGCACACGAACGAUUUAUAUUUGUAACACUGGAUGAUGUAGCUCGAGAUGUUUUGCGAGAAUAUUGGCCGAAUGUCGAACAGAUUUACUGGCCUACUCCAAGUUUAUAUAGACCUUUUAGUUUCGCAGAAGGUGCAUACCAAACAUUAUAUUUAUUACGGGCAAAUUUAGCUGUCUCAUUAUUGAAACAUGGCAAAUCAUUUUGGAUGAUGCAACAAGACACGUUUUGGAGGAAAAAUUUAUUCGAAUUAAAUUUGGAAGAAAACAAAGAUUUCGAUGCUUUAUUUGAUCAAAUUGGGGAUGACCAGAAUUCAGAAAGAGCUGAAUGGGUUAACGGUGCAAAUUUCUUUGUUCAUGCCAAUAAUGAUACAUUGAAAUUUUUUGAAGCCAUAGCCAGAAAAUUAGCUCAUUGGUAUACGCCAGAUAUGGGCAUUAUGAUCCAUCAGUGUCACACUUGGGAUAAACCAAAAUGCCAAUAUAUUCCACAUAAAACAGCUCAUUCAUGGGAAUGGUUGUACACGGAUCAAAAAGAUCCUCCAUAUAUACUUCAGCUGGAUUGUGAAACAGAUGGUGGUUCAAAAUUGAUGCAACUCGCUAAAUUUGGCUUUUAUUUUGUAGAGAAUGAUAAUCACCGUCUAUGUAACGCCACUGCAGUAGAAGUAAUGCAAAAAAGAAUGGAUGAGGGAAAGAUUGAGGUGUCUCGAGCAAAAUUAAGUUGGGGAAGAUUUCAAUUUAAAGCUUAUUGGUGGAUCGUUGAUAAUAUGCUUUCAACGCCAUAUAUUGGGCCUAUUAUGAAACCAUACCUCCCAUUAAUUGGAUUUUUUUUGCUGAUCACUAUUUAA